AAUUACUUCCUGCUGUCUUCUUCCAUGGACAAGACAGUCCGGCUGUGGCACAUAUCCAGGCGGGAGUGCCUGUGUUGUUUCCAGCACAUUGACUUUGUCACUGCUAUUGCAUUCCAUCCGAGGGAUGACAGAUACUUCUUGAGUGGUUCCUUGGAUGGGAAGCUCCGACUUUGGAACAUUCCUGACAAAAAAGUGGCACUGUGGAAUGAAGUGGACGGGCAGACCAAGCUGAUCACAGCCGCUAACUUUUGCCAAAAUGGCAAAUACGCCGUGAUUGGCACCUACGAUGGCCGGUGCAUCUUCUAUGACACAGAGCAUUUGAAGUAUCACACGCAAAUACAUGUGCGGUCCACCAGAGGACGAAAUCGAGUCGGAAGGAAAAUAACUGGAAUCGAGCCUCUGCCGGGUGAAAAUAAG